AAUCCUCAACGCGUCAACCCCUUCAAAUCCGGCGAAGCCUGCCGCUCCCUCGCCAAGAACACCGGCCGCCAUUGAAGAUAGCUUGGACGAAGAAGUGAUGGAUAAAGUUCUACAUGCUGCAUCAACAGAGUCAAAAGAUUUGACGUCACAUCUCUUAGCCAAGCUCAAGCACUGGAAAUGGUGGCUACUUGUGGUCCUCAACAUCUUCUUCCUCCUCGUUGGUCAGACCGUCGCCACCCUUCUUGCCCGCUUCUACUACGACCAGGGAGGGAACAGCAAAUGGCUUUCCACACUCGUUCAAACUGCCCUUUUUCCUCUUCUAUACAUAUUUUUCAUCUUCUUCCCCACCACCACCACCUCCUCCUUCUCCUCCCCCUCCCCCAACACCAUCUCCGGCCCAUCAACCCGAAAGCUCGCCCUCAUCUACACCGCUCUCGGCCUCCUCAUCGCUGCCAACAAUCUCAUGUAUUCCUAUGGCCUCCUCUACCUACCUGUCUCCACCUACUCACUCAUUUGUGCUUCACAACUCGCCUUCAACGCCAUCUUCUCCUAUUUCAUAAACUCACAAAAGUUCACCCCCUUAAUCUUUAACUCCGUCGUCCUCCUCAGCUUCUCCUCUGCACUUCUUGGCCUCGACAAGGACUCCUCUGGCGAUUCCUCAACCAUUCCCAGAGGAAAGUUCAUACUUGGAUUCAUACUGACAGUGGGAGCAUCUGCAAGCUUCUCAUUAAUCCUCUCCUUGAUGCAGCUCACCUUUGAGAAAGUUCUAAAGAAGGAGACUUUUGCAGUCGUUCUGGAAAUGCAGAUUUACACAGCAUUCGUGGCUUCAUGCGCUGCGGUCGUCGGGCUUUUCGCCAGCGGGGAGUGGAAGCAAUUGGCCGAUGAGUACGAAGGAUUUCUCAAGGGAAAGGCUUCUUAUGUGGCUACUGUGGUGGGGGUGGGAGUGGCAUGGCAGGUUGCUUCUGUCGGCGUCGUUGGCUUGAUCUUCGUGGUGUCGUCCCUGUUCUCCAACACCAUUAGCACGCUUGCUCUGCCGGUCAUUCCCGUUUUUGCGGUGAUCUUCUUCCAUGAUAAGAUGGAUGGAGUGAAGGUGAUGGCCAUGUUGAUUGCAAUUUGGGGCUUUUUGUCAUAUUUAUAUCAGAAUUAUGUUGAUGAUUCAGCAGCCAAGAGGGCAGUGAGGGAGGAAGAAGGAGAGAGCUUUGAUACUUCCGUUCCUUGAAGAUUGAUCUGCUUCAGGCAAUUUAGUUGAGUGUAUUUUUUGCUGUGUUGAAAGUGCAAGUUUGAAGGUUCUGGUCUUUAGGGGAACUAAAAUGAAGAAAGUUCUGCAGUCUUUGUUUGUUUUUGUUUGAUACGUGAUUUGAAGUAAUAUUGAUUGGACUAUUUUAUUUUUUUUCCUUUUAAGUAAUAUUAUUUUGAUCUCGUAAGAACAUAAUUUCAGUAUGCGUUCGAAUAUACGUGC